AGCCGCCGUCCGUAGAUGGACGCGGUCCACUUCCGGCGUCGUCAUGGCGGCCAACGCGACCACCAACCCGUCUCAGCUGCUGCCGCUAGCUUAUGCAGCCCUGCGAGUAGCGCCACGGCCCGCAAAGAACCGAAAAGAGGAAGGUGGAAGCCGGCCCUGCUUUUCUUCCAGUUGACCAUCCUUCCUUCCAUCUACCCAUCCACCCAUCCGUCCUGCAAGCGGUUCGCAGAACAUGGCGGGGCACUGUCCAACCGCGAACUUAAACCCCAGCCAUUGAAUUUACAUGGCACAGCAGUGAACAUCAAGCUGAAGAAGGCAGCUGAGCGGGCUAAAGAACUCGUGGACAAGUGUAUAGGAUCAAGAAUUCACAUUGUGAUGAAAAGUGAUAAGGAAAUUGUUGGCACUCUUCUAGGAUUUGAUGACUUUGUCAAUAUGGUGCUGGAAGAUGUCACUGAGUUUGAGAUCACACCAGAAGGAAGAAGGAUUACUAAAUUAGAUCAGAUCUUGCUAAAUGGAAAUAAUAUAACCAUGCUGGUUCCUGGAGGAGAAGGACCCGAAGUAUGAAUGGAUUUCCUUAAUUUAGGCUAGCUUCUGUUUUGUCUUAUGAUGACAAGAAAAUAGAAUUUUUUUAAAUGUUUUAAUGUUUAGAGUCUAUAAAGCUAAGUUUCCCGUUAAAGGGAAAUGCUUUGAAAAUGUAUACACAUUUUUCUAAGUUAAUCAUGAUUAUCUUGGAAAAAGAGAAAAGGAGUUUGUUCUUUGAAGACUGAAAAAUAAAGAUGUUUUUGGUUAAUUGUU